AUGCUUAUUGGAGAAAUCGUGAAAAUUUUAGAAAGAAUUAAAAUAAAGACAUUUGUAUGAAAAAAUUAAUGAAAACGUGCGAUUAUUUUAAGCAAUUGCAAAAAUAUCAUUUAUAUCAAAUUAUCAAUUAUUAUUCCCAACAAUUUUACAGAACUCGUUUAAUUCUUUUAUAAAAGAAAUACCAUUUGUUGUGCUUUUUUAUUCUUUUUGCAUAGAUUUGUGAAUGAUUAAGUAAAAAGUGCAGAAUUAUUAAUAAUUAUUUGCAAAAACAAUAAGAUCAGGACAGCUAGUUAUAGUGUUUUCGAUAUUAACGGAAGAAACCAUUCGGUAAUUGCAGUAGAACGCAAAAAUGGAUGAAGAUUGGACGGGAAAAGCGGUUUCCAUUGAAUGUGACGUGAAGCUGGGAGUUUUUCAAGGUAUCAUAUCACAGUGCACACCGUCAGAAAUAACAAUUGUACGGGCGUUCAGGAAUGGCGUGCCUCUACGAAAACAAGACGCUGAGGUGACUUUACGGUCAUCGGAUAUAUUAAAGAUUAGUUUGAUUCCUUCGUAUAAUGGACAGAGUUCUAUGACACCUGCGGUUAUCAACAAACCUACACCCGUUAAACAGCCUAAUUUUGCCAGUUCUGGUUCUUUAACAUUAGUACAAAGUAAUACGACAUCUAGAGCUCCUGAUCAACAACAAAUCGAGGGCUUCGAUAUAAAUUCGGCACUCAGUAACAAGUUGACAAAAAUGAAUGUGAACCCAAAUACUAACCAUGACACUAGCGCCACACAAAACAUAUCAAGAGCAUCAAGUGCGCAACAGGUUUUUUACGGCAACACGAAAUCUUCACCACCACAAACAUCAACAUUGACUUCCAGUAGUGUUGCAAAAUUUUUUGGAAAUUUGAUUCCGCACAAAGUAGAAGUACGUCUCGCCUCAUCUGGAAUAGCGGGAGCUUGUUGCUCAGCAUCAUUAUGUUCCACGUCUAAUUGUUGCAAUGCCGAAAGCUGCAGCAGUAGUGGUGCAGCGAGUAAACCAAUUGACAUUGUUCAGAAUAAAGAAACAUUCUACACCAAUCAAAAUAACGGUACAUCGUACUCAAGCGGAAAUGGCGGUGGCCAAGUAAAUAGUAGAACUCAGCGGACUGCUGCAGGUUAUGCUAAUAAUGCCAAUGGUGCUACGAAUGGAAACGUUGGUCGUAGCAAGCAACGUAACAAACAGCUACGUAGAGAAAAUAGUGUUAAGCAUAAUCAGACAUUUGGCACUUCUAUGGAUGAUCCACUACUUCACGAAGAUUUUGAUUUUGAGGGUAAUUUGGCUCUUUUUGAUAAGCAAGCCAUUUGGGAUUCUUUAGAGGCAGGGAAAAAGCCUGAUGUUGUGCAACAUGCCGUUUCAGCUCAGCAGCAGAAAAAGUACCGUCAUGAUGAAAAUGUUAUAGUCAGCGAGCCGGCUGAAAUGAGGCAAAUAGAAUCUUUAUUUGAGGGUUCGGAUGAUUUUGUAACGGACGAGGGUCUUAUCAUACCAACUGUACCGUCAUUUGUUCGUUCGAAGAUUGAAACAUGUGCCCAAAAAUGCGGUCUGUCGUUGCAGCGUCAACUAGACAUGUUGGCGCGGGGAGCAUCUGAUUUAGCAAUACUCUUAUUAGGAGGCGCUCGACGCUUAACCCCCAAUAAUCGUCAUCAGUGGCCAACAAUUGCAAUUAUUUGUGAAAAGUCGGAUCAAUUUAGAUCAAGUAAUGUGGGGGCAUCAACUGGCCGCCAAUUGGCGUCUCACGGUUUAAAAGUUUUACUAUACUUGGAGGAAGAUUCCAACAUUGAGCAAAAAAGUAUAGAGAUUUCUCUCUUCAAAGCCACUGGCAACACCGUAGUUUACUCUGCAAAUGCUUUACCUACUCCUGAUCUUGUGAUAAUAGCGACAAAUACUUCUAAUUUGUCAAUUGAUGUGAAAAAAUGGCUGAGUGAAAACAGAGCAUCUAUUUUGGCCAUUGAUCCGCCACCAAGUGGCAUUCCUGACGUUUCUAUUAAAUAUGCAAUUUUACCCAUAUUACCACUGAAUGGCAUAUCGAACAAUUGUGGCAAACUGUAUUUGUGUAACUUAGGAAUACCCGAUAAAUAUUAUCGUGAUGCUGGUAUUAAGUACAAAAGUCCAUUUGGACACAAAUUUGUGAUACCAAUUCACUCGAAGAACUAAAUAAAAUCAACAUAUUACAGUUGUGUCAACAACUCCUCCUCAUACAGCAUCGUUAAUUAAAGUUUUUUUUUGUUUAAUAUUGUGGCAUAUUUAUAUCCUAAGAACAACUGCUUAAUUCAAAUAUGUAAUUUUUUUUAUUAUUUAUUUUUCCCAAAUGUACUGAUAUAAUGAUUUAACAUAAUUUAAUUUUUUACAUGGUACCCAACAAACAAAACAACAUUGUUAACUCAAAGGAAACUUAAUUUUUAUGAAAUGCCACAACCAAAAAUAAAAAUGUUCAGAAUUUUUGAGAAAUUUUCUUUCGUUGUUAAGUUUCCUUUAAAAACAGGAAAUUUAAUUACGUUAUUUCACAAACAUUUUCCUGCCAUUGUAUUAUUUUACAAAAGUUCUUAAAAAAAACACAUAAUAAAAAGAUUUGAUAUUAAAACGAUGACAA